AUGGUCAGGCUGACCCUGGGCCUGUUUCGGCUUUACCCUUCUCUGGAGGAUAAGCACCAGUUUCCUCACGAUGAGGUUUCAUCCUCAGUGUCACACCUUGCAGCCAAGGUCCAAGGUGCAGCUUUCCGGGGCUGGAAGGAAGUGACGUCUCUGUUCAACAAGGAUGAUGAGCAGCAGUUGCUUGCAGGAUGCAAAUCUGCGAAAUCCAAAGGAACAAACCUGAAGCUGAAGGAGGAGCUGAAGGCUGAGAAGAAGCCAGGCUUCUGGGACAGUUUGGUGAUAAAGCAGAACGUCCCACCACGGAAACCCGACGAGAUGGAGGGAUGGGAACCACCUCGGAUUCCCUCUGCCCACUCUGCCAGCGACGCAGCUGCGCCGAGUGACUGCACAGCCUGGGCAGGCUGGGAGGAUGAAACCAAAGGCUCCACGAAAUACACGACUCUGGCCAGCUCAGGAAACAGCUCCAGGUGGAGCAUCAAAUCCGCUGGGAAGCUGGUUAGCAUUAGACGUCAGAGCAAAGGUAACCUGACUGACAACUGGGAGGAACUGGAGUGA